AUGUCUUUUUCGCAGCUUGGGUACCCUUACAGCACAUCUUCUCAGGUCUUCUUCGUCUCAGCCACUCCAGCGCCACUUGUGCGACUCGCGUCCCCCGCGCUCGGCCUCCGCUCCUCCGCCUCCCUCCCUUCCUCCCUCUUCCUCGGCUCCUCUUCGCAGCCGGCCCCCCUUCUGCUGCCCUUCCCUACGAGACCGCCGCUGGGGAUACGGGGGCCCUUACGCAGCUGCCGCGCCUCCGCCAGCCAAGGCUACGCCAACUACCUCCCUUACGGCGCCGCAGAGCCCUCCGCUCUCUAUUACCCCCCUGCUGCUGUGAACUCCCAGUACGAGAUCAAGGAGGGCUCUUCUGCUUUGCAUGCGGGGAUUGCGCAGCCCACAGCAGCUGCUUACUACACCUAUGAGCCCACCUUUGGGCAAUACCAGUAUGACAGGUAUGGAACAGUGGAUUUCAGCAGCUCAGCCAGACGCAAGAAUGCCACCCGAGAGACCACCAGCACUCUGAAGACAUGGCUGUAUGAACACCGGAAGAACCCCUACCCAACCAAAGGGGAGAAGAUCAUGCUGGCCAUCAUCACCAAGAUGACCCUCACUCAGGUUUCCACUUGGUUUGCCAAUGCCCGGCGGCGACUCAAGAAGGAGAACAAGAUGACCUGGUCCCCCAAAAAUAAAGCAGGAGAAGAGAGGAGAGAGGAUAGUAGAAGGAAUGGAGAAGACUGUGGCAGUGAAACUGAAGACAAAGAUCCUAAAAGCUGCAAAGAAGAAAAGGAGUUACGACUGAGUGAUCUAGAGGAUAUGGAAGAAGAGGAUCCAGAGAUCAAGGCAGUCUCUGAGCUAAAGCAUCCACAGCAAGAAGCCCUCCUCAUCGGCAGCAACACCUUGGCUGAGUCUCAGAAAACCAGCUGCAACUUGACCCCAUCAGGCCAUUUCCAUGCCUUUCCCUGUGCCAAGGUGGACUCUACGGUUACAGGGGAUUUUCUUGGCCAUAAGGGAGCCACCUUGGUGGGCAGCCUUGGAAGUCAAGUCCAACCUUACGAAGCUCCAGAAAAACCCAGGAUCUGGUCAUUAGCCCAUACUGCAGGAGCCAACGUCAUUGUGGGACCCACCAGCAAUUCUGCCCAAAGGACAGAAAGCCCUGACUGUUUGGUGCUCAGGGGAAGGCUACCUGGGGCCGGUGGACAGUGCAGCGAGGGGAGGCCACUGGGAGGCCUUGUGAGGACUCAGCCCAUCCAUGACAAAGCCUUGGAAGAGUUGGCACAGCCAGCCAAGAUCUUUAAGAAUUCAACUUUCAACCUGCAGUCCAUCUCGCUAAACUAUGCUUCAUACCCCAUGCUGGGAGAGACCUGUCAAUAUGCAACCGGAGCUGAAGGGUUUGGGAGAGGGCUGAGAGCCUCUCAAGAUCAUAUGAAUGAAGUUUGUCUCAGUCAGCAUAAAGAGAAAUUGAGGACGGCGUUCAGGCCGGUGUUGAAGAGGUGA